UUAGUUUUUUGUGUAAAUUCUUUUUGUACGUGAUGUGCAGUUUUACGAAUUUUAUUUAAUUUCAUUUUCUUUAGAAAAUAUGUAAAAAUUAGUGCAUAAAAUAGUUUUAAAACAUUUUCUAAUAAACUAAAAACAUAAGAUUUAUUUCAAAUAACUUAAUUUUUUUUCUUCGUCAAAAUGUCCUAACUAAGCAUGUAUAAAACUUUUAAUAAAACAAUUAAAAGAACAAGUGUAAAUUAUAAUUGUAAAUUAAGUAAAUCAACAACAACCAACAAUAACAAACGUCUAAGGUGUAAAACCUUUAAAACGACAAAAUUGUUUUGUUUUAUUUUUAAAUAAAAACAACAAUAAAAUAUAACUAAUUAAAAGAACGACUUGAAGUAUAGACUCAUCCUAACACACACACACACACACAGACAUGUCCGACAAGGAAAUGCAGGCUCAUGACAAUGUCAGAUGGCGUAAUUGGUCUCGUGCUGCUACUCUUUAUGAUCAGAUCCUCUCAUCUCCUCCGCUGGUUAGUAAUCGUGCUCAAAAAGAUCGUCAUAUUAUUUGUCUGUUGGGCCGCUGCGAGUGUCUAUUGGAGUUGGGUAAAUAUGAGUUGUGUUUGAAUGAUGCCCGUAAAGUAUUGUCAAUGCUAAGUGAACAACAGUCGGAUUGUUUGGCCAGCAUAUCGCGGACAAGACGUUGGCUGGUGCAUGCUUUGUGUAAAUUGAAAAAGUAUACGGAAGCCGAAAAACUCCUAACCGAAUGGAUAGCUGAACUCCAACAACAGCAGGGUUUUGGUGAUAUUUGCAAGACUUUAGAACGCUAUAAAUCCGUUAUACAAAUGCUUAAUGGUGGCAAUAAAUCAACACAAAAGAUACACAAUUCCCGCUUAGAAGAUGAGAUGAAUAUACUCGAUACCAAACUAGAUCAUUGGGCCACAAAUAAUCUCCCUUUAGAUAAAUACAGUAAACCGCUCAGUAAUAAAGGUAUCAAAAAGCGUGAAAAUCCCACACAAAAUGGUGCCAGCAAUAAUAUCACAGCGGUAAUGCAAAAGAAUACCGAACUUCUGGCGGCCCUUAAAGUCUCGGGCAGUAAUAAAUCCAUAAGCGAUGAUAGUACAGGCAGUGGGGACAAUGCCAAUAGCACUACCUGUUCGUAUUGCGCUAUAACCUUUAACUCACGCAAUGAGCUAAGGCAACAUUGCCAAACCGAGGCUCACCAAAAUGUGAUUAUGUCCGAUGAGGGACGAGAUUGGAAGUGGAGACCACCUCCUCGUGGCUUUACACUCGAUUCCUAUAGUCUUUGUGAGUCAUGGACGGAAUCGCAAUUGUGUCAUUAUGGCAAUCAAUGUGUGGAGGCUCAUGGAGCCGAUGAACUAAACGAAUGGAAAGAUCGUUUCGAAUACCGACGUAUGCGUGUGCAGAAAGCUUGUGAGAAGGAGCUUUAUGGCAAGUCCUACACAGAGUUGGUAUUAGAGAAAUGGAUACAGUCGACAGUGCCCGAGAAAAUCAUGUCGGAAAAGGUGGAGGGCAUAGAGGCACAAUGUGAACAGGAUUUGGUAACCAGCAUAAGUUCAAAGACUUCCAAGCGAGAAUGGGUGUUUAUUUUAAGAAGCAACAAUAAACCCUUAAAAGCGGUGGCUCUACUGCAAGAUGCUCAUCGUAGUCAUUUUGCCAUAAAAAGCAUUAAAACAGGCGAAACCACCAUUGAAUUGGACACAAAAACCAAUCAAGAAUGGGUCUCCAAUAAACACUCAGCUUCUGCCUCUGCUACAUCAUCUGUAUCCUCUCUCCUCAACUGUUCGGUGGACAAAGAGGAGGUAGCAAAAAAGCCUUUAGAAAAUUCGGAAGCAAACACUGCCCUGCAGUCGCUAAUGGAACAUCAGGUGACUUUGGAGUUUCAUACCGAAAUCUAUGGUACAUUUCGUCAAGCAGUUUGUUUUGAUUUCGGCUCUGAGCCUCUGCUGGUAAGACACUUGUGUGUGGAUGUAGUGCCCGUCAGUGAUGCCGAGAAGAUAGAGGAAAUACGACGUGAUAUCAUUAAUAGUUCGGCCACCAGAUGGGAUGUUUCCAAUACACAAUUGGUUAAAUUUGAGACCACCAUCGGCUCACACAUGAAGACUGAAGCUUAUCUCAAUGAUUUGAAGCAUGAAAAGGAAAUGCUAGAGCGUUAUCCCUGCCCAAGAGCUCAAACUUUUACUCUCACCCAGUCCACCAUACUGGACAAACGCUUGACACAAAACAACUAUCGUUCACGCAUACAUGAACUGCUGUAUGUGGAGGAGAUAGCACGCUAUGAACAAAUUGCCCGUUUUAAUCUACGCACUAAACUGGGUGUGACUUCUAAUUAUAUCCUGACUCCAGCUGGCAUGGCUACUAGUACUGCCAAGUAUUCGUUAUCGGGAGAAUUGUUUGCCUUAAUGCAUUUGGGUAAAGAUGUUUCGGAAGACACCUCAGCGGGCCGCUUGAUACUCUCCAAUUGUUUGAGUGUUUAUAUCUCACCCGUAGAGGAAGCAAAUGUGCAAACUAAGGAUAAAAAGCGUCAUGUUUACGAGGCUGUCAUAGAGGAUAAGGGUAAAAAUGUGAUCUAUUUGAAGUUGGGUUCGAAAUGCGUGGAAGGUAUGCAGUUAAAAUCGGAUACUGAGAUUUUGGUGGACAUACAAUUUCAAUUGAAUCGUUUGCCCUACUGUGAAUGGCAUCAUGCGGUCGAUAAGAUUACAGAUUUUAAAAUUAUCUUUCCUGCCACUGAAAUAGAACCCAAUAUACCCUGGACCCCUAAAAAACAAUGGUCUGAGACAUGUGAACCCAAAUUAAAUGCCAAACAAAGAGAAGCCGUUAAUGCUAUAACCACCUCGUUGAGCAUAAAAUUACCUCCUAUUCUACUAAUAGGGCCCUUUGGAACUGGUAAAACCUAUACCUUGGCACAGGCUAUAAAACAAUUAUUAACGCAGCCGGAGGCCAAGAUAUUAAUAUGUACCCACUCUAAUUCAGCGGCAGAUUUAUAUAUCAAAGAAUAUUUACAUCCCUGGAUAGAAGCCGGUCUAGAAGAGGCCACUCCUUUGAGGGUGUACUAUCACAAACGUUGGGUUGCCACGGUCAAUAGUGUAGUUCAAAAGUAUUGUAUCACUGAUGGCGCUGGUAACUUUCGGCGUCCCACCGUUGAGGACAUUAUGAAACAUCGUAUUGUGGUGGUUACCCUAAAUAUUUCCAUGGAAUUGGCCAAUCUUGAUCUCCCUAAGGGUUAUUUUACCCACAUAUUCCUCGAUGAAGCUGCCCAGGCUAUGGAAUGUGAAGCCAUUAUGCCUUUAGCCUUAGCCAAUGACAGUACACGCAUCGUUUUAGCUGGUGAUCAUAUGCAAAUGAGUCCCGAGCUUUUCUCGGCCUUUGCCAAAGAGCGUAAAUUGCACAUUUCACUGCUGGAACGUUUAUACGAUCAUUAUCCUUCGAAUUUUCCCUGCAAAAUACUCUUAUGUGAAAACUAUCGUGCCCAUGAGGCCAUUAUUAAAUUCACUUCGGAGUUGUUUUAUGAACAAAAGCUUAUAGCUUCGGGUAAACAGCCAAGACAUGAGAAAUUCUAUCCUUUAACGUUUUUCACCACUAGAGGAGAAGAUGUUCAGGAUAAAAAUUCAACGGCUUUUUAUAAUAAUGCCGAGGUCUAUGAGGUGGUGGAGAGAGUAUCAGAGUUGCGCAAAAAAUGGCCUAGUUCUUGGGGUAAAAUGAAUGAUGCCAGCAUAGGCAUUAUGACGCCCUAUUCGGAUCAAGUGUUUCGCAUACGUUUAGAGUUGAGAAAACGUCGCAUGGGUGGCAUUUCAGUUGAACGUGUACUCAAUGUCCAGGGUAAACAAUUUAGAGCAGUAUUUCUCUCUACCGUGCGUACGCGCCGAACCUGUUUGCCUAGUAAUGCAGCGGGUGCUGCACCCGGUUUUCCCGGCCAGUCAAAUAACUCUAGCGAAGAUGCUGACUAUGGUUUUUUGAGUAAUUCCAAGCUAUUGAAUACCGCCAUUACCAGAGCUCAAAGUUUGGUGGCCGUUGUGGGAGAUCCGGUAGCCUUGUGUUCUAUAGGACGUUGCCGUAAGGUGUGGGAACGUUUUAUAGAGAUAUGCGAUGAAAAUAAAUCUCUUUUUGGUUUGACGAUGUGGCAAUUGCGUUCCCAGUUAGAUGGUGUUGAGCUGAAACGUGGUUAUGUUUUAAAUCCUUUAGCGCCUGAGUUUAUACCGCGUUCUCUGCAACCCGAAGCUUAUCUCAGAGAUCAGGCUGCCAUGUAUUUGGCCAUGGCGGCAAAUAAUCAUCAUCCCAUGGGGCCUCAUCCAGGACAUCAUCAUGGACCUGCCGGAAUGGGUGCGCCACAUCCCAGUUUAUUAGCAGCAGGUGGUGGUGGGCAGAUACCUCCUCAUCAUGCCGCCCAACAAAUGCCCCAUAUGUAUGGCCCUCAUACAGCGGCGGCUGCUGCCUACAAUGCCGCUGCAGCUGCAGCCGCGGUGAUGAUGAAUCAGGGCAUGGUGGCCGGAAAAGGAGGACAUCAUUUCCAUGGACAUCCCAAUCACAUGCCUAUGAGAGCAAUAGGUCCUCCACCCUCAGCCGGAGGACCACAACAACAGCCCCAGCCUCCUCCACCCAUGAGUGGGCAACAAUUUAACCCGCGUGGUCCACCGCCGCCAGCCGUACACCUGGGACAACCUCCAAACCCUGGAGCAGCAAAUCAGUUCUCGCAAUACAUGCCCUGGCAACAUGCCCAACAACAACUGCGUCCCCCAGGAGCUGCCGGAAACUUUUCAUCUUCAGCUGGGCAACAGCCAGGAGUACCAACAGCCCAAAACCCCAAUGCCAGUCUAUGGGGACCUCCACCUCAAACCAAUCCCUGGAGUGUAUUACCAAAACAAACUCAAUUACAGCAACAGCAAUCCUCUAAUAACUCCGGCGCCAAUGGCCGUCAAAUGCCACCACAACAAACGGCCCAGAAUAUAAGAGGCAACAGUGUGCCUUUACAGCCACCACCACCCUUGCCCAACCAACAGCAGCAGCAACAAAUGCGAAAUAAUCCCAAUGAUUUGGGUUUCUUGGCCAAUAAGGCCUUAUAUGCAGGCAAACAGCAUCCAGGACAACAAGGCAAUCAAGUCCCGCCGCCACAGGCCCACGGCAACUUUGCUGGAUUUGGCCAGGGCCAGGUGCCACCACCACCGCCCGCCAAUCAACUGCAGUUAAUGAAUCAAAGAAAUAUAAGUGGCAUACCCAAUGGACCCAUAUCUCCCAUGGAUCCCUUUAUGCCACGACCACCAACAGCAGCCGGUGCUCCUACACAAAAUGCAUUUUUCGGACAAAACAAUCUACCUGGACAAUUAAAAGAUAAAGACUUUCAAUUUCUCAAUAAUGUUCAUGUACCGCUCAAUAUUGGUGGCAGCAUGUUUCAAGCUCAACCCCCCAAUGCCAUGGUGGGUUCAGCUAAUAAACAACAAUCUCCUACGGCUUUACGAUUUCCUCAACCGCAUGAAUAUGCCUCACUUUUGCCGCCCAAUGUCAAUAUCUAUGAAAUGGCCUUUGAACCAAAAGAGUCCCAAUAUAAAUGGUACUUAAAACUAUUGGAGACACAGGGUCAAGAGGCUGCCAAUAAAUUUACUGAGGUCCUGCGGCAGGUUAGUGCCAUGAUGCAGCAACAACAACAGCAGCAGCAACCGCCCCAGGUAAAUAAACCACCUCCCCAACACAUGCAACAGGCCUAUCUACAAGCUGGUGGCAAUUCUGCAACCCAACCGGGUCAACAGCAACUAAUGCCGCGUGACAACUUUAUGCAACCACUCAUGAACUAUCAACAGCAGCAACAGGCUCAACAGCAAAGAAAUAUGAAUCCUUAUAUGGGUCCCACAGGCUCGGGAAAUCUCCUGCAAGCUCCCCUCAAUUUGGCUGCAGUAAAUGAUGAUACACCUCCGCUGGAUAUUAAUUUCAAUCAACAAAUUGAUAUGGUCUUCAAUUCCAUUAUCAAUGGCAAUGAAAUCAGCCAACCUAUAUUACGUGAUCUCUUUGGUGUGGGUGGUGGUAGCAGUAACAAUGCUGCUGGCAUGAAUGGUGAUUUACUUUUAAAUACCGGUAAUGCAUCCUCCUCCAAUACGCUUAUGAGUGGCAGUAAAAUGUUUCCAACUAUUGGUGGUGGUAAUGGUCAAACGUCAGGUGGUAAUAUGUCUAAAAUGUCAGGGCCACCUAAUAUGAUGGGCAUGUCCACGCCUCAGCAACAACAACAGACCGCCAAUCAUCAUGGCGGUUAUAUGACAAACAAUGCCCUUAUGAACAACAAAGACUAUUUAAUGGGUGGUCCACCAGGAGGUGGCGGUGGUGGUUCAAGCUCUUCAAAUUCUUCCUCUGUGCCUCUGUAUAGACGUCAGGGUUUGCCCAUGGGCAAUGGUCAUCAUCACCUCAACAGUACUGGCAAUUCUAGUAAUUCUACUGGCGGUCAUUCUUUGUCCUCCUCCACACCAGACAACAUGCUUACCGGCAGUCCUAAUGAUAUUUUAGCUGGUCUAACCACUGGUUCUAGCACCUUAAUUGAGGCAUUAUUCCAGCAAGAUCAACAGCAAAACAAUACCACUUUACAGAAAUUACUCUAUAAUAACUUCAAUGCUACGGGGCUUAAAAAUGACAUGGACUUGUUUAUGGGCAAUAAUACUUUUGUGGCUGGUCUUAGCGAUGGCAUUAAUAAUACAUUUCAUACACAAAAUUUUCAACAGCAGCAGCAGCAGCAACAACAGCAACAGGCUAAUAACUUAGCACAACAACAUCCUGCCAAUAAUCCGGCAGUAAGUAGUGGUGAUAAUCGUAAUACUACUUAUGCAGCCGUCUUAAGUCAAGGACCACAACAAGCGGAUGCUGCUGCUGCUCUACAGCAGCAUCAACAUAAUCAUCAUCAACACAAUUUUCCACACAACUCUAUGGUGGCCAAUCUAAGUGGCAAUGGUUUAGGUUUGGGUCUAACCGUGGGAGCUGCAGCCAAUAAUGGUGGUGUUGAGGCCGGGGAAAAGGAUCCCUUUGCUGCCAUACGUGAACUGGGUCAAGGUACGAAUGGUUUUUAUAAUUAUUUUCAAUAAGAAAUAAGAAUUUGGCAAAAACAAGUUUCAAAAGACUUUUCUUAGAAAAAGGGGCCUUUGAAUAAGUAACGUUUAGGGUUAGAAGGAAAUUUGUGAAGAGGAGAGAGAGACCUUUAUUUUUUGGCUAACAAAAAUUGAAGUUUUUUUAAUUUAAAUUUAAUUUUUCUUUUUUAGUUUUUAGUUAAAUUUAUGCUAAUGUAUUUCUUUUCUUUUUAGGCUGGAAAUUAUUUUAAUAUUAUUUUUUUGUAUAUUAUUACUUUUAAUUUUUAGUUUGUUUAAUUAACACAAAUACGUUUACUUUUUAAAAGGCCCUUUUUUAAAGAAAAAAAAUUUUAAAAGAAACUUGUUAUUUGAUUUUUGUGUUAAGUCGUUAAAUGACUUUAUUUUAAUGUUCUCUUUUUUGAUUAUGAAGAAUUAUUAUUAAAAUAAUUUAGUUAUUGAAUAUAUAUGUUUAAUUAACAAACAUUAUUAAUAUUAAAGUUAUUAUAAACAAAUGAAAAAAAUAAGUAAAAAAAAAAACAAACAAAAAAACUGCAAACAAAAUAUAUAAAACAAUUAUUUAAACUAUAACAAUUUGUAAGAAGUAAAACUAAUAAGAAAUUAUAAUAAUGCACACGAAAAAAAAAAAAUAUAUAAAAAAUAUGAAAAGAAAAAAAAAAAAAAAACAAACAAAAAAAAAAUAAACCCCUCAUGUUUAAAACAAAGUUUAAAAGCUAAGUUAAAGUUAAGUGUUAUAAAAAGAGCUGUGGGUUUGUUAUAUUAAAACUUAAAAGCAUUUUUUUUAUUAUAAAGUUAUUUAACCUAAUCCACUGCCUAAGUAAUAGUUGUCCCCCUUUUUAUUAAAAAUACACCAAAUGGUCUUACACAAGCUAAUAAGCCACCUUGUUAAAACUAUGCCUUUUUCUCUAGUUAGUAAAUUUUACGAAACAUUUUUAGAAUUUUUAAAGCAACUACAUUCAAAUCUUUAGUAAUUUUAUUAAAAAUUAAACAUUUAUAAUCUCUACCUUUAAUUUAAAACUCAAUGUUUAAAAUUGACAGAAAAAUAUCUUUGAAAAAAUAUUUCUUUAAAAUUUUUCUAAUCAGCAAAUUUUUGGUCAAAUCUCUGAAACAUAAACCUCUAGAUUUAAUAAACUUAAAUCUAGAUUUCAUAUAAAGCAAGUCCUUCCGUUUUUUAUUUACAAUUUUUCCGAAUAUAUCGAAAUAAAGUAUUAGAACAACUAUUUCAAAAAUCUAUAAUAAAACUAAUAAACUAUUAAAUAGUUACAAUUUUAAAUGUCAUUUAAAAAUUUUAAAUUUCAAAAUAAAUCAAAAGUCAGUGUUUUGAACUAAAGGUCAAAGGUCACUCCAUUUAUUCAUAAAUACCACAAGAACCUUUUCUUUUCGACAAUUAUUAAAGAUUUUUCUAAUUUAAUUUUCAUACAUAUUUUCAAUUUUAAAAUAGCUCAAAACGCACUAUUUUCAGCCAAAGCCUUUUAUAGCUUAGAAUACCGAAAUAAUACUAUUAAACUAUAAAGUAAUUCAAAUUUUAAAUGUCAUUUAAAAAAUGUUACAUUUCUGAAAAUGGUCAAAUAUUAUUGCUUUGAACCAAAGGUCAAAGGUUAUUCUAUUUAUAGCUUAAAAUGCCGAAAUACUAAUCAACUAUUAUGAAAUUCAUAUUUUAAAUGUCAUAUAAAAAAAUUUUACGUUACAAAAAAUGUUCAAAAGUCAUUGAUUUGAACCAAAGGUCAAAGGUCAUUUUUAUAUUAAAGUUAAAUUAAACAAAAACCUCUUAUUACGUGAAUUAUUAAGGAAUUUUCUAUUUUAAAAAAUCAAAAUUCAUUGUUUUUAACCAAAGGUCAAAGGUCACUCUAUUUAUAGCCUAAAAUGCCGAAAUAAUGCUAAAAAACUAUUAAUUAAUUAGCAUUUUUACAUUUCAAAAAA